AUGGACUGGACACCGGGCGACCGUGAUGGUGAUGGAGAUGGAGAUGGUCCCUUUGAGUGGGACCCCAGAGAUGCGGAAGUAACUGGAUACGGCAGCUGGCACACCGCCGACGAGAGUCACGAUGAUGAUGAUGAAGACCAUGGCGACGUGUAUGAGGAUGCGAAUGAGGGUGGUGAAAACGAAGAUGAGGACGAAGAUGAUGAUGAUGAUGAGGAUGAUCCCGACUAUCGUGACGAGCCAGAUGAGGACGACGAAGACCUUCACGAUCAUGAUGAGGAAGAAGAAGGAGACGGUGACGACCGGGUGGAGUACGCCUUUGGUGAUUUCCGAUUCCAGAUUGUAAUCGACGAUGAAGAGGCGGGGCGAGACGAGGCCGCCUUGAGACUGAUUUCACUACUAAGAGCUGGCCAAAGAUCGGGGCUCUUGACGAGACAGCAGCUCAUGACAUUAUUCCGCGGCACCGGCCUAGGCCGUGGGAUACCCGUCACACCAAAAGAUCCCAACCGGUUUCCCAAAGUCCCCAGCGAAGAGGGCAGAAAGCUCAUGGAGUCCGGAGUCUUUGGCUUGAGUGAUACUGACCUGCGGACUAAAAAACGAAUCGCAAGACGUCUGCUGGAUCGGGAGAUUGGCCUGGGGGAUCGGAUGUCGAGAAAGCGGACCAAUGGUGUUUUGGCUCAGAGCUUCAUCCCUGGGAGCAAGGCGGAGAAAAUCAUCCAUUAUGAUCACCCCAUCUAUUCUGGCCAGUUCUCCGAUGACGGUAACUUCUUCUUCUCAUGCUGUCAGGACUUCAAUACAGUAAGCUACCCCUUUGGUCAGUGGACACUUACAGACGCCUCUCUGAGUCCGGACAACCGCUGGCUGGCGUAUACCUCUAUCCAAAGUAUCGUCUCAAUAGCCCCCACCGAUCCCAGAGACAAGGGAGAGCCUUACUCUCUCGAGCUUGAUGACGGAGAGGGUCACACAAGACUUUCAUUUUGGCGUAACCGCGGCUCCUUUGGAAUCUGGUCCGUUAGAUUUUCAGGCGAUGGACGAGAGCUUGUUGCUGGCACCAGUGCUCACUCACUAGUCGUCUAUGAUAUCGAAUCCAGGAGAGUCCUUCAUCACAUCACCGGUCAUCAGGACGAUGUUAAUGCCGUGUGUUUUGCGGACAAGGCAUCCCCCCACAUCAUCUACUCCGGCUCAGACGACACGACCAUCAAGGUGUGGGAUCGACGAAGCAUGGGAGACAAUCGAGAGGCCGGAGCCUUUGUGGGCCACACCGAGGGCCUGACGUACAUCGACAGCAAGGGUGACGGGCGAUACAUUCUCAGUAACGGCAAGGAGCAGAGUAUGAAGCUGUGGGAUCUGCGCAUGGCCAUGUCGACAGAUCGGUUCCGGGAAGUCACCAAGGACAACGACACUCGCCUGGAUAGGUUCGAUUAUAGACAAGACGAAUAUGACGAAGAUGACUGGGAUGUGCACCCUCACGACAAUUCUCUUGUCACUUUCCGGGGCCACAAGGUCCUCCGCACGCUUAUUCGAUGCCACUUCUCGCCGCCGUCGUCGACCAACUCGCGCUACGUCUACUCUGGUAGUGCGGACGGCAAGGUGCACAUCUGGAACAUGGAUGCCACCAAGGCAGGCGAAAUCGAUGUACAGGGGGCGACUGACCAGACGAGGAGGCUCGAUCGCCGUACUCGGGUCUACUUUGACGAGCCCGGCGGCUGGGGCACAUGCGUCCGUGAUGCUAGCUGGCAUCCUAGUGCGCCAAUCAUUGUUGCGUCUGCAUGGAAUGGAUACAGCAUGGCGCGAGGUACCUGCACAGUCCAUGCGUUCAACGGGGCUUCUGAGGAUGAAGGAGAGCCUAGGCUGGGAGACAGUGUCAACGAGUCGCUGAGGGCAGAUCCAGAGACGUUUUAUCAAUCACGGUUUUAG